CGGAAACUUGAUCUCAGAAUCGGCACAGUAUUCCGGGCAAUUCAGCAGUGUGCAAUUCGGCGGUGCCAACGAAAUACUUAAACAAAUCUUAAAAAACCCUUAAACCUCUCCUUGCAAUCUCACGAAAAAAGUGCAACCUUAGUGUUACCCUGUGUUUUCAAGCGUUUAACGAAGAGUAAACAAAUUCAUUAGAAAAAUGGCAAGCCUGAAGUGUAUAAUGGCUCUCACGAUGGCCUUCUAUGCGAGCGCUGUGUUGGCGCGACCAGGAUACGCUGUCGACUAUUAUAACCAUCCCAAAUAUGCAUUCAAUUAUGGUGUAGCCGAUCACACAACUGGUGAUGUGAAGUCACAACAUGAAACACGCGAUGGUGAUGUUGUUAAAGGUCAAUAUUCACUUGUCGAACCUGAUGGCUCUAUACGCACAGUCGACUAUACUGCCGAUCCCAUAAAUGGUUUCAACGCUGUUGUCACGAAAUCUGGGCCUACAGUGCAUGCACAAGCGUUAGUACCUGGACCACAUUACGAACCAGCACCUGUGGUGAAGCAUGUUGCGCCAGCGCCGGUUGUUGUGCCAGCACCAGCGCCGUAUGCCCCCAAACCAUACGCACCCAUCGCUCCCAUCCACUACGAUUACGACGAUUACGGUCAUGGUGCUCAAUACGAAUACGUGCCCCAAUACAGCGGUCAUUAUGGUGGCGGCGCCGGCUACAACGCUCACUACGACGGACACUACGGUGGACACCAUGGCGGUCACUAUGGCGGUCAUUAUUGAGCGGGCGGAAGCAGCGCUCUCAGCUGAGUACAACUCUUUUCGGCUCCGUUAAUUGCGUUCGUUCAUCAGCAGUUGACACUUUAAGCCACUAUAUUUUUUCUACGUAUAUCUUCCAUACUUACUGCCUACAACUUACUCGCCAAAUGCUUUGAAAUCUUCGAAUAUUUUAUAACUGAAGCUAUUUACCGCCAAUGUCCAUCAAAGUAGUUUAUAAGUUUGUAUUGUUUAUUUUUAGUUUUUUUUUAUACAUAUUUUUAUUUUAUUAUUGGUUGUUGUACGUUAUGUUUAUUGUGUGCAAGCUUUAAAUUUUCAUUGCCGUACGUAUAUCCACCAUUCUUGUAACAAAAUAAUAUUUAUAACAAACGUAUGUAUGUAAGUGAAGAAGAUGAUGUAUAAUAUAUCAUUUUAUAUGUAA